AUGACUGAACUACGUGCUAAAAACUCCAGUCUUUGCACGGAAAUUGACAUCCUGAAAUGCAAAUUAGCCAGUCUUAAAAAAUCCAGUAAUACUGAACCGCUGUCGGUUGUUACCCAAGUUCUUCAAGAGGCCCUCGAGUGGAAAAGGUGCUUGUUUAAUUUAAUUUUGUAUAGUGUUAUUGAAGCUUCUUCAGUUGAUGUUUCUCAACGUAUAGCUCAUGAUAGGCAGACCAAUUCUAGAAUACUUCAGUCUCUUGGUGAUGUUAUUCCUAACAACUCAGUUUAA